AUGGAGUCCACGGCGACGGCGCCCGCCACCUGCGAGAUCGCGCGCCUGCCGGACGACCUCCUAUCGGCGUCGCUGGCCCGGACGGGUCCGCUGGACGCCUGCCGCGCCGCCGCGGUCUCGCCGGCCUUCCGGGCCGCGGCCGACGCCGACGCCGUCUGGUCCAGCCUCCUGCCGCGCGACCUGCCCCCGCUCGCCGACGGGGAGCUCCCCACCGACCCGCAGCCCACCAAGAAGCAGCUCUUCAUGCGCCUCUCCGACUCCGCCAGACCCGUCCUCCUAGCCGACGGCCUCACGAGCAUGUGGCUGGACAGGGCCACCGCCGCCAAGUGCUACAUGCUGUCCGCCAGGAAGCUGGGCAUCAUAUGGGGCGACACGCCGCAGUACUGGCGCUGGAUCCCUCUCAACGACUCCAGGUUCCCCGAAGGUGCAGAACUCCUGGACGUUUGCUGGUUGGAAAUCCGUGGCAAGAUACAUUGCAACAUGCUCUCCCAGAACACCACUUACGCAGCCUACAUGGUGUUCAAAAUGUCCAAUGAAUCCUAUGGGCUGGACUAUCCACUCCAGUUGGCUGAAGUUAGCAUUGGGGCAACCAAAUCCACUCGUCAGGUUUGCCUUGGAUAUGACAACGAGGGCGAGGACGGGGAAGAGGUGCCUCAGAAUUACCGAUCAUUCAGACCAAUUGGAUUAUUCAGACCAAGGGUAGGGAGAAGAAACCGCCGCGUGCCUCCUGGAGUGCAAGUACAACAUCCUCAGACAAGAGCUGAUGGCUGGAUGGAGAUGGAGAUGGGUGAGUUCAACAAUGAAGAAGGUGAAGAUGGCGAGGUGUCCAUCAGUCUCAUGGAGAUCAGGGGCGGCGACUGGAAGAAAGGUCUUAUUUUGCAAGGCAUUGAGAUCCGGGUGAAGAAAUAA